CACAGGUAUUUCGAUGUCUCAAAACCUUUGUAAUUAUUUUAUCUGGUUAACUAAGCAUACGUGGAAUGCUGAGUGAUUGUUUCUUACAUCAUUGUGAAGUAGAGCAGAGUUCGCAACAUGCCAGACAAAAACGAAAAUGCCAAAGAUGAAAACAGAAGUAUAAUCGACAACAACCGACGGUUGCUAGCUCGGGAUAUGUUAUCUUCGGUUCUGCCACGUUCUCGUGGAACUUCGCCCGCUAGACACACUCGUUCUCGUCGGACUGGAACCGACACGACCGAUGGACUAAAACCAACCAAAGUCACGGGCGGAGGCAGUCCCGCCUCUGUCAAGAAGAGAUUGGGUGCUCGCAGUGAGAGUCCGAUCAUCAGCGAAGGUGGUGAAGUGACCAUACCGGGGGAAGAGGAGUUUAAUAUCAUGUUCGACACUGUGAGGAAACUGUCCCGAGAUUCUGAAACAAUGUCAAUCAAUAACUAUUCAAAACUCGUUGAUGCUUUCAGCAAAACAACCGGUGAUGCUAAAAGAAGUGAAAUAAAGUUAAAACAAACACUAAACAACAUCGGUGGCAACCAUUUCGCCACUUGUGAGGGGAAGAGAGCUAACUAUAACCACACGGCGGAGAGCGAUCGAUCGAGAAUCGUCCCAGAUUACAUCACGCGCGUGAAUGAAUCAAGCAAACCCAAUUUUGCUUCAGCGAAACCUUCUGUCAAGAGUGCAGUGCAGCAGAAACAAGAACCUGACAGAGCCAUGGCUAAAAGACGAAGAGAGAGAAGCGGGAGGGGAGCCAGGCGACAGCACCUACGAUUAGAAAACGGUACAUCAACUGCAGAUGACAGUGCGGUAGGCCAAGCCAACCAAGCGAAUGCGAUAAAGUACUUGCCGACGUAUAUCCAACCAGUUGUAGAAACUCCGCGGCAGCAGCACAGGACUGCGGAUUACGAUAUUUUUCAGCACAAGAAACAUACGUAUACCACAGGUUCAACUGCGAACGGCAGAAGUUCAAGAAAAAGCUUUGUUGAUCGCCAAGUGGCUCGUAUCGGAGACAAUAGGUUAUCGAGUAGCAGCAGCAGUGACAAUAGCAGCGUCGAGGAUUCCAGUACUCGAUCGUCGACGCGACCAGCAAAAAGUGUACAGGAUAUUUCGGACGCUGAUUCAGAAAGUCAGCCCGGAAGAAGAACAAGAAGAAAUCGACUUCGUAACCGAGCGAAUCAACAACGGCCUAUUCAUACGCCGGAUUACGUCAUAGCAACUCCACCGAGAAAAGUUUCAGACCACGGAGUUGGAACUUCCGACAUUAGUAGACAGCUUGCCAACAAAGUGAGCUCAGUGAACGAUCGGUCGCCGAAAACUUCCGAGGCGAGUGAUUAUAUGGGAAAGCAGUAUCAGUCUCGCGAAAAACGCCCAUCGGUUGAUUCGGUCGGCAAGAUAUCAACUUCACCGAGAAACUUUCAGCCUACUACCGUGCAAAACUUGGUGGAAGGUAGAAUAGAUCAUUCCACUCCGAACGAAGCUACGGUCGUGCCGAAGGUACAGCCCAAAUUGGGACGAGAGACCGGUCGUCGCGAAUCUCGGGAAAAGUUAAUCAUUAGUGGAAAGCAAAUAUCGGCCCCCUUGGAAGAAGUGCAAAAGGAGGGUUCACCAACGCAAAUAAAUAGCACAAAUCAAUCACCGAAUAAUCCAGUGUCGGAUGUGGCAGUGCAAAGCAACAAGGUAACUUCUAGUCCUAGUAUUGAUGAGCAUGACACCGCCGCAGGCCGUAAAACUGCAAUAGAAAAAAACGGCGUACAGCUACCACAAUACAAAACAAAGCCAGUCGGCAAUCUAAGAGAACUUUUUAACUCACAGGAACAACUGAAGACUAAGUUUGGCCACGCAUUCAAUUCUAGCAAACCUUCAGAGCAGGUCAACUCUAAAACCGAUCAAGCGAAACGAGAUAGGAGAACGUCAUUAAAUGAGGCUGACGCAGAUGCUGACAAUGAACAAGUGGUUCACAGUCAACCAAUGCUAAAGGCACGUAAAGUUAGCGAAGACUAUUGGCCUCGGGAUGAGGUGACUGAAAAACUUUUGCAAAGUAGAAGUACCCAUUCAUCAAUAAGCAGUUCAAAGCCAUCGCUGAUGCCUGUAAGCGAGGCUCCUACUAGUACUGAGCAAUCGAAUGAAGUGCAUGCAAUGAAGGAGUCGCUCGGUCACAAGCAGUCCUUGGUUACCGUUAUGCACUUACCAAAAGAAACAAACUUGAGUGACCCCCAGGUUUUGUCAAGUGAGCCAAUGUUCGUUAAAGGGUCGCCUUGCGAUAAAUUGAAACAUAACCAAGACGAUUCUGUUUUACAUGUGGCGGAUGUGAUCAACGCAAAACAAACCACUGAAAGGAAUGCCGCAGCACAGACUCCACGGACAUUGGUAAGAGGUCAUUCCAACAGCUCAGAGGCGCAAAGGAAUUCUUCAAGUUCCAGCAAUGCUUGCCACAAGCACACACGCUCGCAGAGCACUGAUAGUACAGCUUCUAACCCUGAAGCAUACACUACGUUGACGAAGCAAGUUGUUUCGCAUAAGCCGCCUCCCACUCCAGUGUGGAGCUUUGAAGAAACGGACAGAAAGUUGAGACAGUAUGAUAAGACUCUCCCAAGCGAUGCCUCGCUAAAUAAUACGACUGUUUGUAAUGGCACAACUACAGACUCUUGGGCAUCAAGUAAUGACGCAGCAGUAUUACAAUCGGAACUAAAUGAUCUUACUCCUACUUUACGAGAUAUUUCUAUCAACGGUUCACCGUUAUAUGUUGCGCCCAAGUUUGCCAGCUACAGCGCCAACAAGCCGGCGUCGGUGCAAGUAUCACCUCACGUUCGGACUACGCAAGCCCCUGUCGUAUGUGAUGACAUGGCGCGUCACGCGGUGGUUACUUCGUCAUCGGCUUCCGGUGUAAGUAAUAAUUCCUCAACAAUUUCCACCUCUUCGAGAAAGAGCAGCGUCGUUUCACUUUCUACUGCAUUACGCAAAGGCAGUGCGAACAGUGCGUGUAGCCCGCCACCGCCGAGCACAGUGGAGAUAGACGAGGGCUGCUACACAGAAGAGGACGUCACAGCUAAGGGCUCUCCAAUGAGCGCACCGUUUGCCCAUCCUGGCUUUACACUUGGCGAGGAUGAAAUUCUGGAUAAAAGUGAGUUUCAAAAUGGCCCUUCUAACAACAACAGAAGGCGAAGGAAAUACUCUGCCGCGGGACACAGUGGUUCAGAUGUUAGUAAUGAAUCCGUUCGUUCCUUGAGUGACCCGAUUCCAGUCCGUGGCAAAGACUUAGUAGGGACGGAAGACGGUGCAGUAGACGGCAGUUAUAUAGUUUCAUUAAACCAACAUGAUACAGCAGAGACUGUACCGGAUCGUAAUUCUGUCAGUGAUUUGUCAUUAUAUAGUGAGAACACGUCCUUGCCCGAUGAUGCCAGUGACAAAUUGGUCAAUGAGCCUGAAAAACGUAAAGAACAAGAAGACCACACACUUGCUGUUCAAGGCACCAAAACAGGUGGAAAGACCAUCAAGAAAAAAUCCUUUAGCGAUCCGAACGCCAAUGCUGUUUUAACAGCCGGUUUAAUUGGGAGCAUGAAUGCGGAAAUGGAAAGCCCUGCUCUGUACAACUCGUCAAGCGAACCGGCUUUAUCAGAACAAACUGAUGAACUUGGCGAGUUGAACCAGUUUCAUAUUUACCAAUCUACAAAGCACUCCGGAAAUCAUACAAAAGAUAACGUUCUCCCGUCAUCUGGUAUCGGGGACAUGACACAUUCGAUUGAAGAGAUGUCCAAAUUAUUGCUCGCCGAACACACUGUUAUGUCUCCAAGAAGUGCCCGUCGAAACAUGACACUAAAAUCGCGCAAAAGAGCGCAGAUUGAACAAAUGAAAUCCAAAGAGACUGUUCCUCUAAACAACUUCAUCCAGAACGAACUUCACAUCCAAAUAGCAGCAUCGGUUGAUCCGGUGGUGGAGGACAUUUUUGAAAAAGAAGAGGAGCAGUUUCAGCAGAUGUAUGAGAGCAUGACUGGAGCUAUCCCCGAAAAGAUGCCAGUCGUCCAUACACGUUCGUGUAGUGAACCUGUACCAAUGGACAAACUCGAAAAUCGUCUUGUACAAAAAGCAUCCGAAAGAGGAAGACGCGCUGGGAUCGUACAAGCACCAUCCCUUAAUGAUGUAAUGGGAGAUAACAGGAUACCACCACCAACGGAAUCGCCCCUCAAGCACACAAAGCAACUUUCAAACUCGGUGGACCGUAUUCAUUCAGCUACCCUACCUCGCGCUGCUGGCAGCAGAGGAUUAGGAUUCCAAGUUGAUAAACUGGAUAUGAGAAAACAUGUGGUGAGAAAUUUGCUGGAAACAGAGGAAUCGUACGUCAACUCGCUACGGAUUUUAUACGAGACUUACUUCAAGCCACUGAAACAACCAGAAAACCACGUCGUAUGUGAGCCACGUCUUGUGGAUGAGAUGUUUUUCCAGAUACCCCAAAUACUGCAGCACCACGAAAAGUUUUUUGAAAACGUUGAAGAAUGUUUUGAAAACUGGGACCCAGAGUCUGUAAAAAUUGGCGAUGUCUUCAUUCAGUCGUUCAAUAAGGAUAUGCUACUGGAAGCCUACACCAGUUACAUCAAGAACUUUUUGAACGCCAGAGAAGCCGUCACCAUCGCUACGCAAGCAAAGACCGCAUUCAAGCUCUUCCUCGAGCAAUGCCAGCGAGAGAAUCGCGACAAACAAGGUCUGUCGGACCUCAUGAUUAAACCAGUUCAAAGAAUACCACGAUACGAACUCAUUAUAAAGGAUCUAUUGAAACAUACGCCAGAGGACCAUGCAGACAGGACAAGUUUACUGAUUGCACAACGUGAAAUCCAUGCCCUCUCAGUUCAAAUGAACAAAGGUGAAAAAGAAGCCGAGGCAGCUGAAAGGCACGCCAAACUUCUGCAAGACAUUGAACAAAUCAUUGAAGGGUGUAUGGAGAUAUCUGGGAUUACAAAGCGUCGGUUCCUUCGGCAAGAUAUUUGCAUAGAGCUAAAAUCCGGCAACAAGAAAGACAGAAGUCUGUGGCUCUUCAAUGACUUGUUGAUGUGUACGACGUCCAAGAAGGGAAGAACAGGUUCUCUUCGUCGUAGCUCCAUGAACUUAUGGUCCAUGACAACUGAUAGGAUCAUGGUGGAUUUUACGAGCAAAUACAAAUUUCUUUGGAAGUUCCCAUUGGAAGACGUUGAACUGCUGAAAGGCAGUACUGGUCCAAACCGCCAAGUCACCGAAAAACAGCUGCAACAAUUAAGAUGCGACCAUGAUCUAUUGAUACAAAUGGAAAAACUUGCAUCUGAUUUAUCAACCAGCCAUCUGUUACUGGAUGAAGCGGUGAAAGAUUUGUUGAGUCAAACCAGCCAGAAAAUAAUUGAGAAACAACAGAUGACGAUGCACGGGGUUGGUCUACCAGGACGGUUAGAAAUUGGAAUAUCAACCCCGGAUGGUAUGAAGAUGUUUCAAUUCGAGUUUCAGAGCGAAGACAACAAGACUCAGUUCGAAGUUCUUUUCUGGAACGCAAAGAAAAAUUUCAACCCCCAAAAGAGCCGGUGGGACCCGACGUUUAUGAAGGCAAUUCCCAUCAGCAAAACGCGCAAUGGAAUGCAGUUUUCAUGCGCGGCGCCUAACGUUGACACGUCUCCUGGUACAAGGGAGGUAUGGGUUUGCAACACUGACGGAUACGUUGGACAGAUUUGCUUCCUCAGUAUUGAACCUGAGACCCUUCCAACGAAGUCAAUAACAGUUUGCAACUCAAAAAUCUGCUGUAUCGCUCAAGUACCGACGUGGGAUAGAAAACUAGUUCCCACCAACACGUUCGUCAACGACAUUUCCAAGGCCCCCCUCAUUCACUUACCCCACGGUCGUAGAAGAUCAUCGACCCACAGUAACCCCGCCCACAAGAUCAUCGCAUGGGACGAUACCGAUGAUUCAGACGAGGAUAACACAAGCCCUUUCAGCACCAACAGCAACUACAGCAGUUACAGUAUGAGCCCGUACAGUACGAACAACAGCAUGUCAAACUUCGGGCAGUCGACCAAAGAACGUACUUCGUGGUCGAUUCAUUCCUCCGAUGAAGAGAUCAUUCUUCCCAUAAUGAGUCCACUUCUUCCGAGCGCUUUCCUUCCAAAAGGAUUCGGGUUUGGGGAACCUCCUGCUUAUGUUCCAUCGGAUGAAGAAUCAGAUAUUUCUCUGUCAACGAAUGACGGCAGUCUCCUUGGCGAUCACGGGUCACGUGCACCCACAAACUCACUCAUGCAUGCACUGCUGGGCAGUGGUGCGUUCAAGAAGGAUAGUGAUGGUUCGACGCUCCAUGGGAGCUUGGAAGAUCUCUUGAGUGACAGCACAUCUUCUAUGACAAAACAUCCACCUUUAGCUGGGAAGAACAGCAUGGGUAGCAAGAUGUUGUCCAACCAUGGUUCCAUGUGGUUGGGCACUGAAGACGGAAAAAUCAAAGUGUACUCCACCGCUGAAGCCAUCAAAGGCAACAAACAGUGCGUACAUUUGAACCACAACGCAUCGGUCCAAUGCAUUCUGCAUCGGGAUGGUCAGGUAUACGUAGCUUUAAGCAACGGAGAUCUCAUCAUAUAUUUUCGUGAUAAAGCGACUGGUCACUGGGACUUUGACAACAAAAAGAGCAUUUCACUUGGUACUUCCCCGAACCCGAUAACAAGAAUGUUGGUUGUAAACGAAAAGGAAUUGUGGUGUGGUUGUCAAAACCAAAUCAUGAUACUUGAUAUGAAAACUCACAACGUGAAGUCGUUCUUCGCAGUCAGCCAAGACAGCAAGCGACAAAUCUUCUGCAUGGUCUCUUCUGGUUAUGGAGUCUGGGUCGCCCUCGAUCGAAGAUCGCAAAUCAAGCUUUUCCACAGUGUUACUCACGACCUGUUGGCAGAGGUGGAUGUCUCGCAUCCUGUUAGCAAGAUGCUUGCGAGUUCCGACGCCAUCAUCCGACAACAUAAGGCUGCGUGUCUUCGCAUCACUUCUUUACUUGUAUGUAAGGACCUCUUGUGGGUAGGCACGAGCGCUGGAGUCGUCCUCACGUUGGCGCUACCGAGCGUUACAGCCAGCACUUCUUCCCUUUCGCUACCAAUUAUACCACAGGGUCUGACGUAUGGCCACACCGGUCACGUGCGCUUCAUUACGUCAGUAGAUGUCAUGGAAAAGGAAACCCCCCCGCAAAGAGGAUCACGAAGAUCAUCAUCGACGAAGCGGCGAUCCUCAUCUGCAUCUACAUCCAGCCAAACCCGGUCAAACACGAUCAUCAUCAGCGGAGGAGACGGAUACGAAGACUUCCGGAUGAACUCAGCAAGCGAGGCAGCUGGAAGAGAAGACAGCACGAACCACUUGUUGUUAUGGAAGACCUAGCGUCAUUAAUUCAUCUACAAUAAGUUGUUAGACGUAAUUUCACUGUGGAGCAGCUGCGUCAUGGCAGGCCAGGAUUUAAACCACUAGAGGUAGUGGUGGGCACAAACUUGUAACUUUCUAAGCCAUUAUCGUGACCUGCUUCCCUUGGUUGGGUAGUUACAUACGUUCUUCGUUCAUUUCUUAUUUAUUUUACAACGGAUGCGGUUUUGGAUGACAUCAUGAGAGUACUACCUGCUUCAUUCCUCGAGGAUGACUGGAUUUAAACCACUUCUAUCCUGUUUUUUUUUCUAUUCACAUCGUCACCUUGGCAUGACCUUGCACUUCAGCGGUUCACUCCGCACGAGUAACAAAUGCAGCCGCUACCUAAUCUAUUCUGUAACUUUUGAUUUGUUCUUGGUUUGUUCGUUUACUAUGAUUUUAUGUAUUUUAAACAGGUUUGUUUUUGCGUUUUACUUCUAGACUGAUUCAUUUUUAUCAUUUUCGCGUAUCUUUGUUCUUGUAUUCGCAAUGGCCGUUGAAAAUUCACUAAAUCUAUCUGAAAAUAUACAAAUUUGAAUGUAA